UGUUACCUUGCCCUUCCCCAGCGGGCGUCGGGCAACGCUAGGAGAACAAGAGGUUGGAGCGGGCCAAGCCGAAUAGGUCAACCUCAGCCGGUUCAGUAAGAGCAACAGAGUUGGAAGGGACCUUGCAGGUCAUCUAGUCCAACCCCCUGCUCACCGAAAAGACCUAUAUUAUGGAUUCGAACCGCCGAACUGCUGACCUUUCUGAUGGACAAACUCAGCAUUCUCCCUUCUCCUACUCUGCUGGGCUUCGGGGUGACUGUUGACGCUUAGCCCACCCGAUCCUACCUAAGCCCAGCGGCUGAAUCCAGGGAAGGCUCCCCAGCAUCCUUGGAUUUGCUGGCCUAGAGGAGCCGCCCUUCUUGCAAAGCCCAGCAUGGAUUCUCCUCUAAACCUGGAUCCAGGAUCCCCGUCUUCCACCACUCAGGCGGACCUUCCAGUCCCCCUGAAGAAGUUUUUUCAGGGUAAACCUCUGGCUCUGGGGAUCACACAGAUAUUCAUUGGAAUCAUUGGAAUUAUUUUUGGGAUCAUCCUCGAUGUAGCCGAUGUUUAUUUAAUGGAGUAUUUUAUUAUAAAGAUGCCUUAUUGGAGUGGAAUCUUGUACAUCAUCUCUGGAUCCUUAGCAGUGGCAGCUGCUCGGAAUCCCAAGAUCCCUCUGGUGCAAGGCGCGCUGGCAAUGAAUGUGAUAAGUGCCCUGACAGCUGGUAUUGGCAUAAUAUUCCUGGGUCUCACAAUCCCAUAUUAUAGACAUCAUUUCUUGUACCUUUGCUUUGUAUCUGGAAACGAAUCUGAGGAAAAGUGUCGUGAAAUUGUUGGUAUAAUUGAUGGAAUUUUGGCUGUUCUUACUGUGUUCAAUCUCCUGGAGCUCUGCAUCGCCACCUCUUUUGCGUCUUUUGGCUGUAAGAUGCUCUGCCGAAAUGCCUUCACUGAAACGGUUGUGGUCAUUUAUCAGAAUGCACCUCCUGCCAGUGCUGAAAAUCCAUCCAUCGGCUGCAAAGAGCCAGAAUCCCCCUGAGUGGCUUUCCCGUCAUGGCAGCUAUUCCGGAGUGCAUUGGCUCCUGCAAAAUUGAAGCCUUCAGCUUUUUAAAGGAAUUACAUUGGACUUUUUACUCAGGGGAACAUAAAAAUAUUGAAUGGGCUAAGCAAAGCACCACGUAAAAGGUCUUGAGAAUGUUGCUGUUCUUUGUUGCUGGUUAAAACAUUUACGUAUAUGAUGGUUGGCACCCCUACCAAGUUAUGUUUUGCUAUUGGAAAAUGCCCUGUUGGUGGGUUUAUAAAACAUGUUAUGGAUAAACCAGAGUUUCCCCAUUAUAAUGGUUGCAUCACAGACCAGGCAAAGUCCAAAACCCACCUCAACAGAGCUUAGCAACCGUCAAAUGCUUGCAACCAUUCCAGAAAUUAAUGUGUGGGAUGUAAUUGUGUCUGUGGGAACUGUUCAAAUAAAAGGCUCAGCAGCCAUAUAUAGUCCCAUGAACAUUAAAGAGACAAAUUUAUAGCCACAACUUACAUGUUUAGCCAAUUUGUUCUAGUGGUUAAAUACCAGGCUAGAAACCAGGAGACUGUGAGUUCUAGUCCAACCUUAUAAAGAACAGCCAGCUGGGUGACUUUAGGCCAGUCCCUCCCUCGGCCCAACUCACUUUGUUGUGGUGGAGGGGAAAAAGGAAGAGGAAAGAAUAUUAGCUAAAUUCGCUGCCUUAAAUUAUUUAGAAAAAUAACAAAGACAGGCUAUAAAUGUAUACAUCAAAUGACAAACUUGUUUCUUGCCACUCGACUUUCCAUCAGGCUGUCUUCUGCCAAUCCAGCUCAUCUCACUCUAUAUUUGAGGCAGGACUGCACUCCAGACUAAUAAACUUCCUGAACUCCU